AUGGCAGCUGAUUUACAGGAUCACAUCUUGGAGUUAGUCAAUUAUGUUAAAGUCGGCGUCGAAAGGCAGGAUACCGCUGUCUUGGGUAUACUAGUAGCUGUAGCUGUCGUAUUCUUAACGAUUGUUAUCUUACUGUUUGUGUCUAGGAAAGGUAAUGCACGUCAUUCUGUCCUGCUAUUGGGAACCUGUGAUGCUGGAAAAACCCUCCUUUUCUCAAGACUGGUUAAAGAUAUCAGGGAUGAUGUGAUGACUGUAACUUCAAUGGAUACAAAUAUUGGAAACUAUAAAGUUAAAACCAAGAAUAAAAGUCUGCGUAUUGUUGAUGUCCCUGGUCAUGAGAGACUCCGGAUGCAGUACUUUGAUAAACAUAAGCACAUGGCAAGAGGAGUGGUGUUUGUAGUGGACAGUGGGACAUUAAUGAAAGAAGUGAAGGAAGUAGCUGAGUAUCUGUACACAUGCCUCAGUGAUAGUGUGAUAUCAAACAGCACUGUUCCUGUACUAGUAGCCUGUACCAAAUCAGAUCUGACUCUCAAGAAAGGCAAAGAUGUCAUCAAGAAAAAUCUAGCAGCUGAAAUGAGCAUCAUGCGGGUGACUAGAUCGGCUGCGUUACAACAGUUGGAGGGUCCAGCUGCAAAUAACAACACAUUCCUUGGGAAAAGGAAUAAAGAUUUUGCAUUUGAAGAUCUCAAACCACUCAAAGUAGACUUUGCAAGUUGUAGUGCACAGACUGACAACAUGGAUCUGUCUGAACUUGAGAGUUGGCUUGAAAAACUUGCAUAAAAUUGGCGAAAUUGUUACAGUGAAUGCUUGAAUGUCUGAGCUCAGAAGUAUAAUUGAAGAAUGACUGCUAUGUGAUCUUGUGUUAAAAUGAAAAUAAACCAUUAUGAAAUUU